UCCUCUUGCAGGGGCGGAGCUGGGGGGGGGAAAUGGAGCGAAGGGGCAAAUCGCCGACGAAAAAGGGAGCGGGUCCAGCAGAUCCGUUGGAUCAAGGCAGGGAAACGUGCCACAGCAGGAGCGGAAGAGGAGAAGGAGGCGACGUCAGAGAAACAACUAUGGCAGACAUAAACCAUGCAAUGAAAUCACCACAAACUGUGACAGACGCAAAAAAACUCUCUGGUUCUGAAGGGAAGAGCAUACCUUUUAGCAAAUCUGUGGACUCUGUGAUACAGGCAGAUGAGAGUUACAGAAUGGAUCGUCCAGAAAUGGGGAUGUGUGUUUUAGUCAACAAUAAAAACUUUCAUCCAGCUACUGGGAUGACAUAUCGAUCUGGUACAGAUGCGGAUGCUGCACGCAUUAUAGACACUUUCAGGACCUUGGGAUAUACUCUCAAGCCUUAUAAUGAUCUUGCAUGUAAACAAAUUAUUGACGUUUUGCAAAAUGUUGCCAAGGAUGAUCACAACAAGCGAAACAGUUUUGCUUGUGUCUUGUUAAGCCAUGGAGAGGAUGGACUCAUCUAUGGUACAGAUGGUCCUCUGGAGCUGAAAAUGUUAACGAGUCUCUUCAGAGGAGACAGAUGCAAGACCCUGGCAGGAAAGCCAAAGCUCUUCUUUAUUCAGGCUUGUAGAGGAACGGAUCUUGAUUCUGGUGUUGAAACAGAUAGCAGCCCAGAAGAGAACAUGUGUCAGAAAAUACCUGUAGAAGCAGACUUCCUAUAUGCCUACUCAACUGCCCCUGGCUAUUACUCUUGGAGGAACUCGUCAGAUGGCUCCUGGUUUAUACAGUCACUGUGCUUGAUGCUGAAACAAUUUGCUAAAAAACUUGAACUUAUGCAAAUUCUGACACGUGUAAAUCGCAAGGUUGCAGAAUUCAGUUCUUAUUCAAACCGGUCAGACUUCCAUGGAAAGAAGCAAAUCCCCUGUAUUGUGUCUAUGCUCACAAAAGAUUUUUAUUUUCCUCACUAGAUUCCUACAUUGACAAGGGAGCUAGCAUUUGAUGCUGUGUUUAACUCUGACCUAGUGCUCAGUCUCUUUUACCUAGGUUGCAUAUGUUAUGAUCUAUGGAGAGAAUCAUUACCAUCACUAAAACAGUGGGAUAACUUGCUAGUUCAGAAAUUCUGAUUUAGAAAAUGAAAAUGUAUGUAGAUUUGCAGUAAUAUUCUGACCCCUUCUGUAGUUAGAUCAAAGGGAGAGAUCUAUUACUGUGAAAAUAAAGUAACAAUCACAGCAGACUGUUAAGAGCAAUAAAAUGUUAUAUUUUUAAGACUACAUUUUGUUAACUUUGGUAACACUUUUACAGCCCAAUCCUAGGAAUAUUUACUUGAAAGUAAACUCUGUUGAUCAAAAUGGGAGUUUUCCCCCAAAUCAAUGUAAUGAGGAUUGGAGUGUUACUGUCAUUACACAAGAAUGCAAUUUUUCAUUAUGGCAUAAGGACUAUGGCUUUCUUAUUCAAUCAUGUAGCACAAUCAAACUUCUGAGGUAGUUAUUUCUUUACCAGUUUGCUAUUGAAUAGACAAGGCUAAAUCAAAUGCCUUUCAAGCCUUAUCGGAGCAUUUUGACCACUUUCAAAUACCUUUGAUUUUUAAAAAGGGGUUUUUUUUAAAUGACAUCCUAACAUUUAAUAGAUGAAAAAAGGUGCUUGGAACUCCGUUCGUAACUGAAACCAAGACUUACAUAAUUUUACAUUUUUAAAUUCACAUUUCAAUUUAGACUUAGGUGUCUUGUGCAUGUAGUAGUUUUUGAACACAAUAUAUAUUCAGCCUACUCCUAAACACACUGUGUGGUUCUUAGCUAGUAUCAAAGAGACUAAACAAAACUAAGAAGCAUAUGAAAAAUGUAAGUCCAAUUUCCUAGUUUUGACUUUGAAUUCUUAAAAAUAUGUAUCAUGUUUAAACUGCCUGAGUAGAAGUAUGUAUGUAAAAGUAGUUCACCUACAGCUUGGAGUAAAAUAUUUCUUGAGUACUUUCUAGCAUGAAGGUUUUUAAGUAUUUUCUUCUUGUAGCUUAGCAUUUUCUGCCAGUGUUGGCUCACUCUUCGCUUUCCUGACACUGUCCCUGCAAGACUGGGUUCUAUGUCCUUGCUGACCUGUCCUUCCUUCCGUUUUUAUACAUUAUUUUCAGCUUAAGCUUUUUGUGCAGCCACAUUGAGGUUUUUUUUAAUGUCUCCUAUUUUUCUUUCUCAUUAGGUUUAUGAUUGUGUCCUUAGUAGCUCCUCCUUCAGGAAUGUGUGUCCAUCUGGGGCUCUUUUCCCCUAUAACAAGCUAUAGAAUCCUAUUUAGUAUUUCUGAGAUUAUUAAAAUCAGCUUGCCUGAAAUUCAAAGUUCAUGUUUAAUAUGCUCACUUUCACCUUUCCAUAAGUUUAACAAUGUCAACAAUCCUUGGUUACUUUUCCUUAAGUUUCUGCUACUUUAACAAUCUCUAUUCCACUGGUUAAGAUCUUGUCAAAGACAGCCAAUCCCCAGCUAAGGCAUAUCAGAAUUUGUUUUGGAUAUUCCAUGCUUAGCAGAGUUCAUUUCCUAACAGCUUUCAGGGUAUUUGAAUUAUACCAUUACUACUAAUUCUUGCUUCCUUGGAAGUAUCUGUGAUUGUUUCAGGAAACUCAAUUCCUAUCUUCUCCUUGGUAUUGCAAUCUGUAAUAUACUCCAACCAUAAUGUUUAAUUUCUCUUACUCAGUUUUAGCCACUAUUCCCUGCAGGGCUACCAUGUUCACUCUCCUCAAUUUUUGUGCAGGUGUACACAUUUGAUAUAUAAUGCUAUUUCCCCUCUAAAUCUCAACAUGAACUUCCUUAAAUUUCAAACAGACUUACAAAUAAGUACAUGUAACACACUUGUUGACAUGUCAUGCCAAACCAAGGUUUUGCACAACAUGCACUAGCAGGUAUGAGGCAUAGUGAGCCGUGGUCUUGCGUGCAAACCCUUUCCCUCUCCUCACACAUGGUGAAGAGGAGACAUUCAGAAGUUUUGCUUUCAUUUUUGGUUAAUGGGCUUGUCACUGAAGUGGCAAACUGUGGUUAAUGUAACCUAUGCUUAAUUUCAAACGAGCAAAUAUAUAUAUUGCAGUUGGCAAGUCUUACAUGUAUGCAGAACCUAUAUAUAUAGGGGCAGGUAGGAAAGACAAUCCAGCACAAGCCCUUAAUCAACCAUGGAGGCUCCUGGAUUUGACCCACCCUACCCCACGCCAAAUAUCUGGUUGGCACUUAGAAAAGCAAGCACAACAGUGGAUUUCAAGUGGAAUAUGUAAUCAUUUGGAUACAUGUGAACCUAUGGUCAGCUAAAUAAAUAAGUUAAUUUAUAUAGAAAACUCAGAAGAGAUGGCCACGUUACUUGCUUGGAGACUUGAAUAUUUUUAAAAUAAUUUUUCAACUUACACAAACAGCAAUAUCUGAAACUUCACCUAUCAUUUCAAACAACAGUUUUGACAAAGUUUUAACUUAUUAAGUAAGAUUAAUUUAUGUUUGUGACUAUUUUAACUUUUGUAUGAAAACCUAAUAAAUUGUGUGCAUUGUUUAA